AUGGUUUCCUUAGAAUUGGGUUUCAGGGUGCUUUCCAGUAUAAUAUUCAAACUCGUCCGAGUGGAACUUCUAUCUCAGUCUGUACUGAUGGAAAGAUCCGGUACAGGUGUUCUCAAAUUUUGCGGCCACAACGGUUCAUGAUCAAAAUCCUAACGUUCUGUGUUCUGUUUAACAACUUGAUCGACCUGACCGAUCUAACCGUAUUAAUCACGCCCCUAAAAUGUUACAGUGUUAUUCUAUUGCCAUACUCAAGGACAACAUAAAUAACGCAUAAUAGUAAAAAGUUAGGUUUGGUAGCCUAAAUAAAAUAAACUAGAAAAUACAUGCAUGCAGCAACCCCUCGCCUUUCUUAACAGAUGAAGUAUAAAGAUUCCACAUAAAUUGCUGUAAAACAGCAAAAUACGUCCUUUCAAAAUGAAAAACAAUUACUUUAGACAGAGUUUGUACUCGCGCAUGCGCAUAACGUCGAAAACCGUCCAUGACAUAAACAAAAUGGAGGACAACUUUGCACUCCGCUAUGUUUUCACAUACCCGGGUAUAAUUUGCCGUGCGGAAUUAGUACCCUCGCACGGCGCUUCGCGCCGCCGGCUCGGGGAUUAACUAUGUACUUAGGCAGCGUUUACACUGUACCGUUUUCGUAGCGUCCUCGUAUUGUUCGAGAGAACUAGACUAUUGUCUUGCGUUCCCUUGAAGAUUAAGAACAAUGCGAGAACGCUACGAAAACGGUACAGUGUAAACGCUGCCUUAGAAAGCUCCUAUUUUUACGUUUUACCAGGUCAGCCAGGAGUUCCAGGUAAUAGUGGACCAGCAGGUCCUGAAGGUCCCAAGGGAAUACAAGGUGAAUCUGGAAAAAUUGGAGUGACUUAUAUCCGCUGGGGGAAAAAGACCUGUCCAAAUACUGGAGCUAGAUUGGUCUAUGAAGGUAACAAUGAAACUGUUUGUAUCCUGUCACAGAAAAUUCUCCACCUAUAUGAAUGGAGAGGGGGAAUGUUUAUUUGAUAAAUACAAAUUUCAACUUUAGUAGUCAAAAUAUUGAUUUUAUCUCCGCCAGGAGGUUAUACUUUUGUCCGCGUUUGAACGUGUUUUUGUGUUUUAUCUGUCAGUACGAUACUCUUUCAAAAUAUCAAAUGUAUUAAUAAGAUAAUUGGUGGGACAAAUGGACAUUGUUCAUGGACAAAUUGAUUAAACUUGUGUUAAAUUGCGAUGAAAAUUGGUUGAGAAAUUAUCUUGUUUUGCCGGACAAAGUAAACUGAAUGCGUAAUAGUCCAUUGUAUAAUUUAUGCACGAUACAUAACUUCAUUUGCUUGCGGAGAUAUGCAGCACUCCAAGUGUCCCUUAGGCCCUGUUCACAUGAACCCGGGACAGCGUUAUGUCUCGGGCCAAGCAAUUGUCGCGGGACAAAAAUUGUCUCGGCUACUUUUAAUGAAAGAAUAGUGCUGUUCACAUGAUAUUUUACUUGCCCUGGGACAAGACAAUUGACCCGAGUGCCUCGCCUCUGUAGACAGGGACACUCGCCUAGCCGGGACAACUUUUCCUCAUGUGAACACUUUGCCCCGGGGCAACUUUGUCCCGGGAUAAUUAAAUUUUUUGGAAAACGAUCAAAAUCGCGACUAAAAUUACAUUUAGAGCACGUUGGACUCCACAAAAACUUGUUAUUUGAUUGAAGAUACCAUUAGAAAUAUAUAAGUGAUGAUUCUAAUAAUAUUAAAAUAAAAUUGUCGCUAAUAUCAUGUUUGAAACCAAGAAGUGUAGCAUGCUACUCAAAAAAUUUGAUCUGGUCAACCAGAAACAAUGAAUUGAGCACAUUUUACUACGGCUGAUAAUCAACUACGUUCUAUUUGUAAAUAUCAUAACAUAAAAUACGACUUGCGUUUAUCAGAAUGUUUUUUAUUUAGCAAAAUUUCACCGUUUCACGUUGGCGGGAAUAUUUUAUGAUUCCCGCGUAAUGUAUUUAUAGGCAUGACCCGCGCUAGUUUUGUUCAUGUAAACAGAAGAUAUCAGUAUCCCGGAUCAAUGACUUGUCGCGGGGCAGUUGUUUAUCCCGGGAUCAUGUGAACAGGGCCUUAGUUAAAUAUUUGUGUAAAAAUCAAUAUGGUAUAAGUAUUGUGCCAAGGUAACAACAUUUUGACAAUGCAGUAUUCAAUCUUUUGUUGGUUUUUAGGUUAUGUCGGAGGAUCUCGUUAUUCUCAAAAGGGUGGUGGUUCUAAUUACGUAUGUUUGACACGUGAUCCCAUCUAUGCAAAAUAUCAAUCUGGUUUUCAAAACGAGCGUUCACGAAUCUUUGGCGCUGAGUAUCAAACUUUCUCUUCUGGCAUAUAUUCCAGCAGUCUGCACGACCACGAUGUUCCUUGUGCAGUGUGUCAUGUGACCAAACGUGCUUCACAAAUGAUGGUACCAGGUCGUAACGUGUGUCCCGCGGGAUGGACACGCGAAUACAAAGGAUACUUGAUGGCGGAGAAACACGAUACCCAUCGUUCAAUGUAUACAUGCGUGGAUGAAGCUCCUGAUUACACGCGAGGAACACACGCUAAUCGUGACGGCACUUUGUUCCUUUUUGUUGAAGGAGAAUGUGGCUCACUUCCCUGCAAGCCUUAUAUCUCUGGGCGUGAGUUGACAUGCGCAGUAUGCACUCGUUAA